ACCGCAGGGCCGCGUAGCUCGGAUCUUGCCGAGAACGCCUGGCGGGGAGGUUGAGCCGUUCGCGCCAUGUCUGAGAUGAGCGAGCUGUCCGAGCUCUAUGAGGAAAGCAAUGACCUGCAGAUGGACGUGAUGCCUGGCGAGAGUUACCUUCCGCAGAUGGAGGUAGGCGGCGGGAGCCGGGAGCCAUCCCUGCGCCCCUCCCGCGCCGGGGCCCCAGCACAGCUGGAGGAAGAAGGCCCGAUGGAGGAGGAGGCGGCCCAGCCAAUGGCGGAGCCCCUGGGGCAACGAGGCCUCGCUGGCCGACCCAGCCCCGGGGCGCAGCCGGGCCAGAUUGCGGGCCCUGAUUUCGAGAGCGAGGAUGAGGGCGAGGAAUUCGAUGACUGGGAGGACGACUACGACUACCCGGAAGAGGAGCAGCUGAGCGGUGCAGGCUACAGAGUAUCAGCGGCCCUUGAAGAAGCCAACAAGAUGUUUUUGAGAACCUCCAGAGCAAGAGAAGCAGCUCUGGAUGGCGGGUUUCAGAUGCAUUAUGAGAAGACCCCGUUUGAUCAGUUGGCUUUUAUCGAAGAGCUUUUUUCACUUAUGGUUGUCAAUCGUCUGACCGAAGAACUCGGCUGUGAUGAGAUUAUUGAUAGGGAGUAGCUAAGUGCUGUGAAGAGAGGAGGAAAGUACUUGAGGAGAGACCCAGCAUUCCACUAUCUCUUGGUUUCAUUCCAAACAGUUCCGUGCCGAUGAAAAACUUGGUCUUCAAAAAUAAAGAUUUUUUUUUUUUUUUUUUUUUUUUUUGCUGAAUGGAAUGAAGUAGUGACUGCACAGGUAUGAAAAAGGAAGAAAAUUGUUAAAGAAAAAGGAUCUUAAUACUGUUGAAACCUGUUUUCAAGAAUGUCCUGAAACACUUACGGCUUUGACUUUGUUACUUAUCCAUAUCAAUUUCCUUGCAUUGGGGAAGGAAAUUAAUACACAUUUCACUGUAAGGGAUGGCUUUGCAAGAGUAAGUCAUGACCAAUUCUGACUGCCAGUACAAGAACCCACUGAUAUUAAUUAUAUGCGAAAAAGUAACUGAUUUAUCCAGCUUAGGACAUGAUAUGUUUUUGAGUUAUCUGGACAGAAAGCAUAUUGAGAAAACUUUGAAGACUCCACUUUGUGAUCUACCCAAGCUGUAAGGCUAAAUUUUUAGGGUAAAAUAAAUCGAGUAUUCUUCAGUCCCCCAAAAGGAUAAUCAAGCCCCCAAAGAAAUAUGUAUCAUGUGUGCUGUAUCUUAAAAUGUUUCCAAGAGCAUCUGAGAUUUUGUUUAUACAUGUAUCUUGAUCAUUUUUAAAGCUACUGUAAUCUUUAAUUCAGGAAAAUUCAUUGUCUUGAACAUUUUUAGAAGUCAAAAAUUAAGACAUGCUUAAUAAUUAAGUUUCAAAUUUAGACAUUAAAAUAUAUGUGAAAGUACAAAAGAACUUUCUAUCAUCCAUAGGUACUGGAGAAAUUUUCUGUUUUACUUGCUCUCUGUUUUUCAUUUAACUUUACAGGCAAAAGACUCUGGUUGAACUUCAUGAUAUAAGAACUGUUAAGUGAAAAUUGUCAAGUAAAAGGAAAGCCCUACAUCUAAAAGAGACUUAAUGAACAACCCUUAAAGGUUUUAUUUUAAACCUGCCAGAAAUCCACCUCUGUAUCUGAAGUUUCCCUGUCUCCUCCUCUAAUUAAGCUUGUUAUUGGUUAUGCACCAGCAUUCGGAAUAAUAAAAAUUUCUUGUUCUGUG